GGAGAGACCCAGGCUCUGUGUGUAGCGCUGGGUGCACAGAGAAAGUCGGGGUUGCCCCUGUCUUACAGCUGAAUGAACUCGGAUGGAACACCCGAUCAACACGAUUACAAACGUAAACACGAGCGCUUGGGCUGCCCAAGGCAGGGGGUCCAGCGCAGGUCAGAGAACAGGGAUGGGCAGGAACGUGCACUGGGAAAGCAUCUAGCCCCAUGUCUGAUGCCUGUGUUGAGGGAAGGCGGGAACGAACACAGUGGCUCCUGAACCUGGUGCUGCAGGAUCCAGCGAGUGUGGAUGGGUGCUCACUGCAGGAGAGGAUGUGGACCUGGCCGCCAGCCUGGAAGCUCUGAUCCUGGCUGCGGGAAUGACAGGGCAAAGCGAAGGCUGGAGUUGGGAGAGAGCGGUCACCAGUACCUCGCGGAUGGUCUGAAAACCCCCAAGGGCAAAGGACGCGGCGCACUGCGGAGUCCAGACAGUCCCAAAACUCCCAAAUCUCCCUCAGAAAAAACGCGGUAUGAUACGUCCCUCGGUCUGCUCACCAAGAAGUUCAUUCAGCUGCUGAGCCAGUUGCCCGACAGGGUCUUGGAUUUGAACAAGGCAGCGGAGGUGCUGAAGGUGCAAAAGAGGAGGAUCUAUGACAUCACCAACGUACUGGAAGGCAUCCACCUCAUCAAGAAGAAGUCCAAAAACAACGUGCAGUGGAUGGGCUGCAGUCUGUCUGAGGACGGGGGGAUGCUGGCCCAGUGUCAAGGCCUUUCCAAGGAAGUGACCGAGCUCAGUCAGGAGGAGAAGAAGUUAGACGAACUGAUCCAAAGCUGCACCCUGGACCUCAAACUGUUAACCGAGGAUUCAGAGAAUCAAAGGUUAGCUUACGUUACAUAUCAAGAUAUUCGAAAAACUAGUGGCCUUAAAGACCAAACUGUUAUAGUCGUGAAAGCCCCUCCAGAAACAAGACUUGAAGUGCCUGACCCAAUAGAGAGCCUACAAAUACAUUUGGCAAGUACCCAAGGACCCAUUGAGGUUUACUUGUGUCCAGAAGAGACUGAAACACACAGUCCAAUGAAAACAAACAACCAAGACCACAAUGGGAAUAUCCCCAAACCCACUUCCAAAGACUUGGCUUCAACCAACUCAGGACAUAGUGAUAGCUCCAUUUCUAUGGCUAGCCUUUCUCCUUUGGCCUCCCCAGCCAACCUUUUACAGCAGACCGAGGACCAAAUCCCUUCCAACCUGGAAGGACCGUUUGUGAACUUACUGCCCCCCCUGCUCCAAGAGGACUACCUGCUGAGCCUGGGAGAGGAGGAAGGCAUCAGCGAUCUCUUCGAUGCUUACGACUUGGAGAAGCUCCCGCUGGUAGAAGACUUCAUGUGCAGUUGAUUAGACUCCGUGUGACCUCUCCUUAUAAACCAAUAUUUUUUUAUCAUGGAACCAGAACAUCUGUCAUGCAGUGUUGUCCCUUCCUACCUUCUUCCUCCACGAGAGUAUCAUGAAGUAAACUACAAACUUCAGAACAAAGUGACAUUUUAAUGAAUUUAAUUUCUUUCUUUCUUUUUUUUUUUUUUUGUCUAAACGCACAGUUGCGGGCUCCCCUCGGGAAAGCCCUGCCUACCCCAGGCUCCAAAACCUCCGGGAUGAG